UUCUUCCAACAGGUGGAAGAUAAGAGGAACUUGAAGGGUUUUGCUUUUUUUGUGGUUUUGUUUCUUUACUUUGUUUUAAUAUAAUCAGUCUCCAUUGAUAUUAAUGGCUUUCUUUGUGGCAGAAUGUCACUACACAUGGAUCUACAGAAGCAAUACAUCACAUGUGUAAUUCUAAGGAACUACAUAUAAAAUAAACUUUCUUUUUUACUUUUAGAACAUUCCAUGUCGCGCCAUUUCAAUGGGUCAGGGCCAGGAAGUCCAUGCAAGGCACCUGUUAAAUCAGUGCAUGCAGGAUGGAGGCUGGCUCCUUCUACAGAACUGCCACCUUGGCUUGGAAUUUCUUAAUGAAUUAAUGGACACCAUCACAACAAAAGAGUCUGUGAACGAAGAUUUCAGAACCUGGAUCACUACAGAGGCUCACCCAGAGUUUCCUAUUAAUCUUUUACAGUCCUCUAUAAAAUUUACCAAUGAACCUCCUCAAGGUGUGAAAGCUGGCUUGAAACGAACAUACUCAACUGUUACUCAGGAUCUUCUGGGAGCAAGCAAAAUGCCACAGUGGAAACCAUUGCUAUAUGCUGUAGCAUUUCUUCACACAACUGUUCAG